AUGGCAAAGCCAAAAAGCGAAAGCUUGCCAAACAGACAUCUGUAUACACGAGUGUCGUAUCUGCAUCAAGCUGCCUGUUACUUGGCGACAGUACAGUCAGCAUGCUCACAAUCAAAUUCGACAUCAUCGGAGCCCCACGAUGACGUUCAGUCUACCAGUCGGGGAGAGCAAUCAACAAAUGAGACGGUUGCUCGUCGCUUUGUCUCCGACAUCCGAGCAGUCACCCUGAAAGCUCAGAUUCGACCCAGCCCGGCAGUCAAGCAGAUGAUGUGCAAGUACUGCGACACGUUGCUUGUUGAAGGAAAGUCCUGCUCUACGACUGUCGAGAAUCCCAGCAAGGGCGGCAAAAAGCCUUGGGCUGAUGUUAUGGUCACCAAGUGCAAAACUUGCGGCAACGUCAAGCGAUUCCCAGUAAAUGCUCCUCGGCAGAAGAGACGACCAUUCCGACCACGCAAGGACGUUGAAAUGACAGAACCAGCAACUGCAGCAUCUGAUGUGCCUGCGGGGGGCGACUGA